GCUCGGGCACGCGCGCCGGCAUUCCCUCAGGGAAAAGAGGCGGCGGGGGCGGCGGCUACGGCAACGCGCGCCUCGUCCAACCCCGCCCGCUCCCCGCUUUGGCGCGUGUCCCCCUCGUCCCCCCGCUGGUUUGGGAGCGCGCACGCGAGACGGAGGGAGGCGGGAGCGCAAGAGCGCGCGGGCGCGAGCGGCGAGGGCGCGCGAAGGAGGCAGCCUGUGCGGCGUCGGGGCGGGCGCCGAGGGAAGAGGGCAGUCGCCGCGCUCGCUGCUGGUCUUCGCUCUCUCCUCCGCCGGGCAUGCGAAGCGAUGGCCGCGGGCGGCCCCUUCAGCGUUGAGGAGAGGACCUACCGCCGCUUCCUGGAGCUUUUCCUGGGCGAGUUCCGCGGACCUUUCGGGUCGGAACCGCCGUCGCCCCCCUCAGGCGGCGGGGCAGAAGGCGACGCGGGGCGAGGAGGAGGAGAAGGGGAAGCCGUUGAAGAAGAGGAGGAGGAGGAGGAGGACGGCGAAGAAGCAGAAGAAGCGGGUGCCCUGAGGGGAGACGGAGAGCCGCCGCCUGAGCCGGCCGAAGAAAACGGCGAGGCGGCGGCGGUGGACGAAGGCGACACCGCCGCCCCUCGGGAGGGAGAGGAAGACGGCGAUGGAGGGAGCAGCAUUGGGGAAGCCCAGCCUGAGGAGGAGCCGGCGGCAGUGCCGGCUCCGCAGCCUCCUCCCUCCUCCUCCUCCUCCGCAGCCCGGCCGGCCAGCCCUCCGCAGCCGCCGCUGCCCCGGCCGCUCUCGGAGCACAUCACGGAGGAGGAGGUGGAGGGCGAGUGCCUGGACCUCUGCCUGCAGCAGCUCUACAAAUAUAAUUGCCCUUCCCUUUUGGCGGCUGCUUUAGCCCGUGCGACAGCUGAUGAAGUCCUCCAGAGCGACCUCUCGGCACACUACUUGCCCAAGCACGCAGAUAGCCCAGAUGGGAUCAUCCAGGUGGAGACAACGAAGUUGGCGCGCACAGUGUUCAGCACACUCCAUGGGGUUUGCAACAGCUGGGUAAAAGACUUUCCCCUCCAGUCGAAGCCUCACUGUUACUACGAAACAUCAAUUCAUGCCAUUAAGAACAUGCGCCGCAAGAUGGAAGACAAACAUGUCUGCAUUCCAGACUUCAACACGCUCUUCAAUCUUGAGGAUCAAGAGGAGCAGGCCUAUUUUGCAGUAUUUGAUGGCCAUGGAGGAGUGGAUGCCGCCAUCUAUGCUUCCACCCACCUCCACGUGAACCUGGUACACCAAGAGGCGUUCCAGCGGGACCCUGCAGAGGCCCUGUGCAAAGCGUUCCGAGUGACAGAUGAGCGCUUCGUGCAGAAGGCGGCCAGAGAGAGCUUGCGGUGUGGGACCACAGGUGUUGUGACCUUCAUCCGAGGGAACAUGUUAUACGUGGCAUGGCUGGGAGACUCCCAAGUGAUGCUUGUGAGAAGGGGUCAAGCUGUGGAACUGAUGAAGCCUCAUAAACCAGAUCGCGAGGAUGAGAAGAAACGCAUUGAGGCCCUCGGAGGCUGCGUGGUCUGGUUUGGGGCUUGGCGAGUCAACGGGAGUCUUUCUGUCUCCAGAGCCAUUGGUGACGCAGAGCACAAGCCAUACAUCUGUGGAGAUGCAGACUCUGCCUCCGUAGUUCUGGAUGGAUCUGAAGACUACCUCAUUUUAGCCUGCGACGGAUUCUAUGACACGAUGAGCCCUGACGAAGCCGUGAAAGUGGUGGCUGACCACCUGAAGGAGAACAACGGGGACAGCAGCAUGGUGGCACACAAGUUGGUGGCAUCGGCUCGAGACGCUGGCUCCAGCGACAACAUCACCGUCAUUGUGGUCUUUCUCAGGGACAUGAGCGCAGCCGUCAGCAUGAGCGAGGAGUCGGAGUGGACAGAGAACUCCUUCCAAGGCGGGCAAGAAGACCACGGUGACAAUAAAGAAAACCACGGGGAUUGCAAGAGGCCGUGGCCUCAGCACCAGGCCUCCGCGCCUGCGGAUCUGGGAUACGAUGGGAGAGUGGAUUCUUUCACAGACAGAACUACCUUGAGCGCAGGUACCAGAAUCAAUGUGUUGGAAGACCCAGGCUAUUUAGACUUGGGGAAAACGGAAGCCAGCAAACUUCAGAGUGCCAAGCGCGUGUCCUCAGAUCAGUGGUUCAGGGCUGGUGCACCAAAGAGAGCAUCCCUGGGUCAGGGCGCAUCAGCCGAGAACAAGACAGUGGCCAAUUCGGCAGGCAGGCAGAGCAGCCUCCAGGAACAGCAGCUCAUCUCUCUUGCUUCUGGCUCUGCAAGCCCACACGAGUACAGCAUCCCCACCGGGCUGAAAGGUGGACGCUUCAAAUCUUGGGGGAAAAGAGCUUCCAUUUUCUCUCCCCUUCACUUCUGUGACACAAAGCGGUGGCGGCGACUAGCCAGACUGAAGCCAAAGCUCCACAUGCUUCUCUUUGAGCACAGGCUGCUUUCCCGCACAGGAGGAUCAGCUCCAUGCUCGCCUAGCGGUGCGAAUGGCCGUAGCAACAAGUUGAUAAGGAGCCGGCUCUGGCAGGGCUUCUCCAGUUGUCAGCAGGGUCAUGGCCAGAGCGUUCUGCUGCUGCCGCCAAGGCAGAGUCACUGUAUACCAGGCCCUGGGCCUCUCUGGAGCUGUACAAAAUAACAGGCUCCUUUGUAUCCCCCCCUCUGCCCCAUCCUCUCCAAAUAGUUUAGGUUAGGCAUUCACGGAAGGAGAAGUAAACUAAAAAGAGUGAGCAUUUCAGAACAAUGUGAUUGUGGAAUGUUCCACUCAUGUAAAUAGAUCCUGCAAGUGUUUCCGUCUCCAAAAAAACAAAGGGGAGGGGCUGGAGUGCCAGUCUUUCUCUCCCUCUCUGAGCAAUGUCACAAACACUCUCUCACACGCACACACAUAGUGUGUAUCUAUAGCUUCAUCUUGCUCAAGGGAACUAAAUACCGACAGUGGCACACUGGACUAGACUGGAAAGUGCUGUUUUUAAAGAGAGACUGCAACAACAACAACAACAACAAAGUGAAACCUGUUUUGAGAUAAGUCUGUGGAGCAAUAUUAUCAGAAGGAUCUGGUUUUUGGAACCAGCCAGUUUUUGUAAGUGGGGUAGAGGGAAGGGGGCAGGAAGAUGCGAUUAGCCCAGGUUGGAGGGGGUGGGGUGGUUUUUUAAGUUAAAAGAGCAAUUAGGGAAAGCAGAGGGUGCUUUGCAGGUACAUUAUUAAAAGCCAUAUGGGGGGGGGUUAAUUUAGCACUUGAGGACUCCUAGCCCCUGUUGUAUAUCUAAUAAGACUCCAAUCAAACCAUAUACUCAACCUUCAACUCCCCCCCCCCCCCCGUGUAACAUAAAAAAGGAGGGAAUGCUAAUUUUUUGUAGUUUUUAAAGAUCAUUUCCUGUGGAUGAAGUUAAAAGUAUAUUGGAAUGUCAGUAGCUUGGAGUUUUUUGGGGUGCUUAGUGACAUUUUAGUCUUUUAAAACAGAAAAAGUAAUAAUGUUACAACUAUUUGCAUCUAACAAUAGUAGUGGUUAAAUCUUCCCGCUGCCGUGUCCUCCCCAGUCCCUAAUUUAUCUCAGGUGUCAAACUGAUAUAAACUUAGUUCAGAUUCAGAUACGUUGUCCCCUGAACUGAUGCAGCCAGCAACUUGCUUGUAAGUUUUUUUGGUGGUGGAGUUUGUCAUCAGUUCUCCCUUCCCCAGAAUCCACCCAGAAGGUGAAGUGGAGCAAUCAUCUUUGGCUUAGCUACUUUCAGGGUCUCUUUCUGUGGCCACACAGAGUCAUGAAGUGAAACGACGAGGGCGAGCCCGUGGGACUGUAAGCGGAUGGAAAAGUGGGACGAAGCCAAGCCAGCUCUUAGCAGCAGUUGCAAAAUGAGGGAGACUAGAUGAGCUCUGGGCUGUCAGUUGCUUGGGAAGGAAGGGUGAGUAUGAGAACUGUCUGUCCUUCUUAAUGAGCAAAAAGUUUUUAAAAACAUUUUUUUAAAAAAUAGACCAGUUUUAGCAUUGAAUGGGUACAGUAGCUAGAAUAGAGAUGAAUCAGGGACAGACAGUAUGUUAGGUCUCCCAGUUGCUAACAUUUGCCUGAAUGACCUUAAACGAUAAGGCAGUUUACACAGAUCUGAAUACAUUAGAUAAUUCAGUGGGGAUUACGUUUUAGCCGAAUGGUAUCACUGCUGGAUGCAAUUUGGUAUCAGUGCUUAGGAAGCUGCCUCAUUCCGAGCCAGAGCCUUGGUCGUCUGGUUUAGCAUUGUGGCUCUCUGGGUUUCAGGUGCCAGGGACUGAAUUGAGGACCUUCUGCAUGUGCUCUGCCACUGAGCUACAGCCCUUCCCAAAACUGGUCAUUUACAAUGACUAGGAACGCAGAGAAUUAGGAAAUUAUUCUGAAUUGUUUCAUUGAGUGACCCAACUUCUUAAACCAACUUGAUGAAACUAGAAGGGCAGACAGCUACAAUGCCCCAGCUUUACUCUCUGUGGGGGAGGGGGCAACCAAAAUUAGCACUUUCCCACUUAUCAGGAAGCCUUAGGUGUGUGGUGUUACAAAUCAAGUGUUACUAAGGGAAUGAGGAACUGCAGAAGAGCACCGCGAGUGCUUCCACUGCCAGGCCAUUGCUGCUUUGAGACCAGCGCAGCAGCAGUUCUCUCCUACCGCAUCCUUCUAGGGGGAAAAGCACAGUUCUUUGAAGAAAUUCCAAAAUGGUGCAAAUGUGUUCUGACCUCUUCCCAACAUGCAGGCAUAAUUGGAAAGUACUGGCUCAUUUAAAAAAAAAGAAAAAAAGAAGAAGCAGAACUCUACCUGUGUGGAUUCAUACAUGUAUUAUCUGCGGCUCAUCCUGUUCAUUCCUAGUGUGGUCCUGUACAAAAUAUUGUUACAACUAGAAAGUGUUCAUCUUUCAUUACAUAGUGGUAGAAGUAUGUAGGAUCCAUUUGUGAGGCACGUCUUCAACCAUGGUAGAAUACAUAUUUAAAAGUAGUUGUUCUUGGUCCAAUAUAAGCUGCUCGAUUCUACACACUAGGCAAAAAAAGUGCUUUGUGACAUGCUGUGUGUUUUUCUCUUAAUGCCACUGGUGAUAGGACAUAGUUCUCUUCAGUUCAAACUCCUGUGCCCUCAUUUGCUGCUUGCUGACGUAAGCAAUAAGCUCCCCUUUUUAAUUAAUGAUCUCUCAGUGUUCUGUAUCUUGUAUUUUGAUUCUCUGGCUGGUGAGAAUGUACAAAAAAAAUAGAUAUCUUAACUGUAUUUAUUAACGGUUAAUGUUGGUUGUCUGUAAAGUGUUUUGUAAAUCUGUGUAUUUUAAUAGUGGUGACAUCUGCAUAAUGAAACCUUUCCAAUAAAGAGCUGAAGUAGCCCUUGAGUUCACACAGUCUGCAUCAGCUGCAUGCGUUGUGUAGGACCACAAGUAGUGGUGGCAGUUGGUGAUGACAGAAGACUCCAGACUGCCUUUCCCCAGGCUGUUCAAAACCUGCUUGUUGUGAGCUUAUUCACUGUGAGGAUCAAAGGGAUGCUGUUCAUCCCUCUCCCAUAGUCUCCUGUCUCCAACUUUAAAUAUAGAGUUGUGAGGAAUGUCUCCUGUUGCAGGAAAUGGAAUAGCAGCAGAGCACAGCAAGCCAUUAAUCUAUUUCAGUUGCACUAACAGUUGUACAAGGAAAAUGUUUAUACGUUGAAGUGCCAACAAAUUGCCCUUGUUAGUUUGGAAGUCAGGAAGGCGCCCGCCCGCCCACUCAGGAAAGGGAGCAGACUCCCCUACUCAGCACGGUUGGGGCGGGGCACGCAGGGAGGAAGAGCACUCUCUUCUUUGCCCCGUCACUUCCUGGCUCAAGAAGUCAAGACAGGCUCUAGGAGGAAAAGAAUGCCCUUUCCUGAUGUUGGCCUUGUGCCUGCGCCUUGGGGCUUGUAGCAGCUGCCCCUUGCUAGUAAUACCUUUAAAUUCAGAGCCUUCCGUCUCAUCUAGUCGAGCAUUACCUUUUACAUGCCUUCUGUUUAGAGUAUUCUACUGUCGCAGAGGCACAACACUCUUUUCCCUAGAACAUUCAGUUAAAACAACUUUGCAGAUUAUAUUCACCCUGACAAGCGAGAGCUGCAGUUCAAGCAGCCCUUUCCCUACACUGAAUUUUGUCAUAGCUCUGCCAAAAUGUAGCUCAUUCUCAUGCAUAAAGAGAAGCAAGAAGAGGUCACGGUCGCUUUGGGCAUGCCUAUAAGUUAGGGCUACGUGCCUCUUCUCUCUGCAGCAUAAACCCUUUAACAGGAGAAGACUGAACGUUUUGCACCGAUGGGUUGUGUGAACAAUGGCCUGGUUUGCACAUCACAGUAAGCCACAGUUCGUGGCUUACCAUGAACGCACCUUCCAGGGCUGUUUUGUCUCCUCCCCGCUCGGAGGAAACAGCUCAUAACCCCCUGGCUUAGUGUUACGUCUGAACCAGGGGACUCAUGUUUUGCUCUGUGAUCAGCAAGUCAAGAAGAACCCUUGGCUACAGAUCAGGAAUUGCUAGGAGCAAAACAAACCGUGAUCCCUGCCUGGUUCAUCCCUAACACUAAGCCAAGGGUCAUCACUUAAUUCCUGCCACUGUGAAGGAGGAGGAGCAAAGUGGGCACAAAUCGCUCAUAUACAGAAAGCCAUGCUUUAUUGGCUCAUACGUACAAGUGACAAAGUCAUUUUCAACAUUACUUUAAACACUAGUCUCUUAUAACUGCCAGUAUUAAACAGUGAAGUACUAUACAAGUAAUCACAAGGGUUGGUUUAACAAUAUAAACUGAUUUGUUUUACUUACCCUUUUGUUGCUGCAUUUUUCUUUCUAAAAGUGGGGCGAGUCUAAACAAGGCUAGGUUGGGGGAAGCCAGCUGAGAUUCAUCCUUAUUACUAAAAUGUUAGAAUGGCACAUUCCUAAGAAUGCCAAGUGUAUUAUUAUUGAGCUCCUGUUGAAAGAUACUUAUGCUGUCAUAAAAACUAAUGAAGUGGGUCAGCUUAAUAUAAAUGACUUUACUACUCUGUUGGGACCCAUUUACAACGUUGUUCCUAUAGCUCACAAGUUCAGUAGGAAUCAUGUAUUAGCCAUAUUUUAUUUAUUAAUGCUGUUCGCAAAAGGUAAGGACUAUGUUCAACUUCUACCAAUAUCUUAAUAAAACA